UGUUAAUCAUAUAAUCUGCAUUGUGAAAUCUUCUAGGGUUUGAUCUGACUCGAAAUUUGGGAUUUUUAGGGUUUUAAUCUAUAUAGAGAGAGAGACAAUGGGAGGUUGUUUUUCUGGAGAUGUGGAAGGAGGCAAACAAGCCAUUGGAGGGGUCCAGCAGAGACCCACUUCCUCAUCCAUCGCCAACAAUGCGGCGCACAACGACGCUGUCGAUUUUUUCUUCAGAUCUCGUGGUCAAUAUCCUCUCUUUUCUCAAAUCGAGUUAACUUUGUCGGCUUUAAACUUGUUGGACUGUGACAUAACAUCUAAGAGUGAUCCGAUGGCUGUCAUGUAUUUGAGGAAAAAGGAUGGGAGACUUGAGGAAAUUGGUCGUACUGAAGUUAUACUUAACAGCUUGAAUCCAAAGUGGAUUGAGAAGAUAACAGUCUCUUUUCAGUUUGAAGCUGUCCAGACAUUAGUUUUCCACGUGUAUGAUGUCGAUACAAGAUAUCACAAUGUGCCAGUGAAGACAUUAAAGCUGAAGGACCAGGAUUUCUUGGGAGAAGCCACAUGUGUUCUGUCCGAGAUUAUGACAAGACCUAACCGGACAGUGACAUUAACUCUUACUGGCAAUGUUAGAGCUGGUGUGAAUAGAAAUUUGGGAACACUCUCUGUCCAAGCUGAAGAAACAGUUGCUUCUAAAACUGUCGCUGAGAUUAAUUUUCGCUGUGUCAAUUUGGAUAACAAGGACUUGUUCUCUAAGAGUGAUCCUUUCUUAAGAAUUUCAAGAAUUGUUGAGACAAGUGCUGCAGUCCCAAUUUGUCGGACUGAGGUAGUGGACAACAACCUCAAUCCCAUGUGGAGGCCUGUGUGCUUGACUAUGCAGCAAUUUGGAAGCAAAGACACCCCAUUGGUUAUCGAGUGCUUUGAUUUCAAUACUAGUGGGAAUCAUGAGCUUAUUGGAAAGACAGAGAAAUCUGUAGCAGAAUUGGAGAGACUUUGUCUCCAGAAAGAGGCUGCAAACUUUGUCUAUCCAUCUCUUAGGGGCAACAAGGUUCUGAAAGGCCAGCUCAUCGUGGAUCGUUAUGUGGAGAAAGUCCAGUACAGUUUUCUUGAUUACAUAUCUAGUGGCUUUGAACUUAAUUUCAUGGUUGCAGUUGACUUCACUGCUUCAAAUGGCGAUCCCCGAACUCCAAGUUCUUUGCACUACAUUGAUCCAUCAGGCAGAUUAAACUCAUAUCAGCAGGCUAUUAUGGAAGUAGGAGAGGUCAUCCAGUUUUAUGAUUCUGAUAAGCGGUUUCCUGCCUGGGGUUUUGGAGGAAGAACAUCGGAUGGUUCUGUGUCCCAUGCUUUCAACUUGAAUGGAGCUUCAUAUGGCGACGAGGUUGUUGGAGUUGAAGGAAUCAUGGCAGCUUAUGCGAGUGCUCUUCGCAAUGUUGCUCUAGCAGGACCAACUCUAUUCAGCCAUGUGGUCGACAAGGCUGCUCAUACUGCUUCUCAGUCACUCUCACAAAACAGUCCCAAGUACUUUGUUCUGCUCAUCAUUACGGAUGGAGUCCUUACAGACAUGGCGGGUACAGUAGACGCAUUGGUGAGAGCUUCUGAUCUCCCGUUGUCAGUUCUCAUUGUCGGUGUGGGAAGCACAGACUUCAAACAAAUGGAGAUGCUUGAUGCUGAUAAUGGUCGCCGGUUAGAGAGUUCUACUGGUCGGAUAGCUACACGGGACAUCGUUCAGUUCGUCCCUAUGAAAGACAUCCAUAGUGGACAAGUGUCGGUGGUGCAGGCACUUCUAGAAGAACUUCCCGGCCAGUUUCUGAGCUAUGUCCGGUCCAGAAAUAUUAAUCCGGUCGGAGCUCCAGCGAUUUGAAGUUCACCAGCAUAGCCUAGUCUCUUUUUAGAUUCUCUGUUUUUUUCUUGCGUAGAUUCAUUUUAUGGUCACCUUAUUACCAUCAUGUUCUCAAUUUACUUGGGUUGGAAAAAACAAAUUAAGGUUUGUUAG